UUUACUUGUUAAUUUCAAGAUUAUAAAAUUACAUUUUAAUGAAGUUUAUCUGUAGAUAUCCUUCGACUAACGUGAUAGGUUAUUGUAUGAGGUAUAUUCAUAAUUCAUUUGUGACACUGUGCACGCUCUUUUGUGACCAGUCAUGGUAUUGAGUUGGGUGAUGACGAUAAGAAGCUAGAUGAGACAUCAUUGGCAAUGUCCGGGAAACGACUAGAGCCCCUGCACAGAGCUACAGAAUACAGACUAGUAACAACAUCUGAUCAGGAGCUGAAAAUGGAAUUAGCAGCUGGUUAUAAUAAGUCUAUGACAUGGUUGUGCUCGCAGCAGCAACAACCUUUGCAGCUGUGUCUUGCUUGCAAAUGUUGUAUGUCAGCGACAGCAAAGCUCGACACUUGCACAAGUAUGCCUUGUUGCUUUGUUAUUGACCGCCAACUCUCUAAUAAGCCUUACGAAGUUUGUGCUUCUGUACAAUAUAAGUCUUUCAAGACUGAGAAUGUUAAACUCAAGGUAAAUUUUGGAUUGAGAAGAUGAUGAAGUGGAGAAA